AUGCCCUCAAAACUCGCGCUACGGAUCACCCUACCCGAACAACUCAAACAAAAAAACUCAACACUAAUCCAAAUCAAUCUCCCCAAAGACCCCCGACCAAUAAAGAACGAUUGGGCGCCAGUCAAGAAGGCCACCCCAAAGUUGUGGAAGAAGCUCCGGGAAAUCAAGCCCGAGUUGCGCGGGCAGCGCAUGGGUUUGCUGCUGGUCUACGAACAUAAUUGUGACGCCCGCCUUCGGUUUCUCGUCGAGCCGGCGGCGCAGAAGCCGGUUGAGUACUUCGAGUACAACGGCGUGGUGGAGUUUGUUCUGGAUUCCGAUGCUGCUUGUGAGGAGUUUCAUGCUGCGGCUGUGGAGUGGGCGCGUAGCGUGAAGGGUGGUGUAGGUCUUGGGGAGGGAGAGGGAGAGGCCGCUUAG